CGCCUUCUGUCCCGCGCUAGAACUAUAUUUCCCAGCAAGCAAUGGAAAUCCGCGCCUCAAACGUCCUACGGAGAGCCAGGAAGGACAAUGUUCAUCAGCUUUGCGCGGGCACUGGUCAAAGGUUCUCGCCUUUCCUGGUGGGGCGGAGCUUCAGCCAUAAACGCCGAGCUCAGAAGCAAAGGACGCGCGCGUUCUUUCCAGCCGGGACAGCGAGAUGUGGGUCUCCGUGCUGCUGCUGGCCGUGCUGCUGCUGGCGGUCCUCCGCAGGGUUUACGUGGGUCUCUUCGGCGGAAGCUCCCCGAACCCCUUCGCCGAGGAUGUCAAGCGGCCACCUGAACCCCUGGUGACCGACAAGGAGGCUAGGAGGAAGGUUCUCAAACAAGCGUUCUCAGUCAGCCGAGUACCAGAGAAGCUGGAUGCCGUGGUGAUUGGCAGUGGCAUUGGGGGGCUGGCCUCAGCUGCGAUUCUGGCCAAAGCUGGCAAAAGAGUCCUUGUACUGGAACAACAUACCAAGGCAGGGGGCUGCUGUCAUACCUUCGGGGAAAAUGGCCUUGAAUUUGACACUGGAAUCCAUUAUAUCGGACGCAUGCAGGAGGGCAACGUUGGCCGUUUUAUCUUGGACCAGAUCACUGAAGGGCAGCUGGACUGGGCCCCCAUGGCCUCCCCCUUUGACCUGAUGAUACUAGAAGGGCCCGAUGGCCGAACGGAAUUCCCCAUGUACAGUGGGAGGAAGCAGUACAUCCAGGGCCUUAAGGAGAAGUUCCCCAAGGAAGAAGCUGUCAUUGACAAGUACAUGGAGCUAGUUAAGGUGGUAGCCGGUGGAGCCUCUCAUGCCAUCCUCCUGAAGUUCCUCCCACUGCCCUUGACUCAGCUCCUCAGCAAGUCUGGGCUGCUGACUCGUUUCUCUCCCUUCUGCCGAGCAUCCACCCAGAGCCUGGCGGAGGUCCUGCAGAAGCUCGGGGCUUCCCAUGAGCUCCAGGCCGUUCUCAGCUACAUCUUCCCCACUUACGGAGUAACGCCUAGCUACACCACCUUUUCCAUGCAUGCACUGCUGGUUGACCACUACAUACAAGGAGCAUAUUAUCCACGAGGAGGUUCCAGUGAGAUUGCCUUCCAUAUCAUCCCUUUGAUUCAGCGGGCCGGGGGUGCUGUCCUCACCAGGGCCACUGUAGAGAGUGUGCUACUGGACUCUGCUGGGAGAGCCUGUGGUGUCAGUGUGAAGAAGGGACAAGAGCUGGUGAACAUCUAUUGUCCCGUCGUCAUCUCCAAUGCAGGAAUGUUCAAUACCUACCAGCACUUAGUGCCGGCGAGUGUCCGUUGUCUGCCAGAUGUGAAGCAGCAGCUGGCGAUGGUGCGGCCAGGAAUGAGCAUGCUCUCAGUUUUCGUCUGCCUGAGAGGCACCAAGGAGGACCUGAAGCUUCAGUCCACCAACUACUAUGUUUAUUUUGACACAGACAUGGACAAAGCGAUGCAGCGCUAUGUCUCGAUGCCCAAGGAAAAGGCUCCGGGACACAUCCCCCUUCUUUUCAUUGCCUUCCCUUCAACCAAGGACCCGACCUGGGAGGACCGGUUCCCAGAGCGAUCCACAGUGACUGUGCUGGUACCCAUGGCCUUCGAGUGGUUUGAGGAGUGGCAGGAGGAGCCAAAGGGCGAGCGGGGUGCUGACUAUGAGACCCUGAAACAUGCCUUCUUGGAAGCCUCCAUGUCCGUGGUCAUGACACUGUUCCCACAGCUGGAGGGCAAGGUGGAGAGUGUGACUGCAGGGUCCCCACUCACCAACCAGUACUAUCUGGCUGCUCCCCGAGGUGCUGCCUAUGGGGCUGACCAUGACCUGGCUCGUCUGCAUCCUCAUACAAUGGCUUCUCUAAGAGCCCAAACCCCCAUCCCCAACCUCUACCUGACAGGCCAAGAUAUCUUUACCUGUGGGCUGAUGGGGGCUCUACAAGGGGCCUUGCUGUGCAGCAGCGCCAUCCUGAAGCGGAACUUGUACUCAGAUCUGCAGGCUCUUGGCUCAAAGGUCCAGGCACAGAAGAAGAAGAAGUAAUCCGUCAUUCGGAGAUAAGCUGGAGGAACGGCACCUUCCCCAGCGUUCCUCAAGGUGUCCCCCUGCACUGAUUACUUGCACUAUAGCCAGAAGCACUUCGUUUCUAGUAACGGCUGUGCAUUGAGCUCUUCCCCUGGAGCUCUUCUCCUUGUACCUUGCACUUCUACUUAAGGCCUCGUGUGGGCUACAUAGCCUUGAUGACUCACCGUUGAAGAAUGGUCCCAUGCCUUCCCUACACCCAACACUGAGCAACAGUCAGGCACCCAGAACCCCUGAGGGUACUGGCUAUUGCAGUAGGUUGGUCCAGUCCUGCCCUGAAGCCUUUUGCUUCUACCCGCUCUAGUGUUGUGCUGUUCUGUACUGUCAAAGGGAAGAAUGACUAGCGUGCGUUUGGGGUAGCAACUUUAAAAGUGAGGCAAGAAACUCUCAGCUUAAGUUUUGUCCUCUGAUAGAAGCAGGCUGAAGUAGCAUUCCAAUCAAAGACAUACCAAAAGUCACCACUGUGCCAACAAAAUGUCCCAUACGCCAGCCAGCUGAGAUGUUGACUACAGUGGGAAUGGUCAGCCCGGCAGCGAGGAGAUGACAAUGGAGAGCCACCGGGCCCGGACACAGGAAGCCCAGUGUGCACAGAGCCUAGGGGCGGCAUUCGUGGGUGUUGGCCCAUACUGAAAGCCCAGUAUUGUUUUCCAAAAUGCUUGGAAUCAGAAUUCCUUCAGAUUUUGUAGAACCUACGUGCAUAUAACUUAGGAAUGAGAUCCAGGACUAAAUCUCAGAUUCAUUUUUUUCAUAUACAUAGAGCAGGCAUACCAUCUUAGGUGAUAUUUUGAAAAACUGAGCAUUCUAUGACCUGUCACAUGAGUUCAUGGUACUAAAAAGUUUGCUUUGGGUUUUAGAAUAGGGAUUCUCAACCUAUAUGAAUAAACUGGUAAGUGGGUAAAAGUUUAAACCUUUUACUUACAUUAAACAGGUACCAACUUUAGUUCAUUUAAAUAUAGUAAUGUUUCAAUGUGUUUGAUA